GGGGCUCCGCCCCCCCCGCGCGCCCGCCCUACAAGCGCCCGGAGGGGCCUCGCCGGGCCUGAAAGACCUGGCGGGUUGCGUCCGAGCUCCGGUUCGCGGGCGUUGUGGCCCUGGCGGGGGAGGGCGGUUGCUCUAGGUACCGGGCCCCGGCCUGCCCCACCCCAGUUCCCUCAGCACACGAAAACUGGGAGGCUUAGGCCCGGCGGCAAGGGUAGGGCAAACUCGCCUUCUCCCCGUCCGCCCCUCGAAACUUCUGAGGUCUUCCCAGCAUUUCUCUCCGGCAGCCUGGCUUAUUUCUGCCUCUCCUUGGAGCCUGGCUCAGGCCAGGAGCUUUGCUUGCCUGUCGCCCCUGAGCCAGCAUCUCCCGGCAGGAUGCUCUCAGGAUCUCAGCUGCAGUCAGGACUGGUCCCCACAAGGCUCCCACCCGAGCGAGCCCAGAGGCCUGGACCAGGAGCGCCCUUCUCCGGGGCUAAGCUGCUCUGGAGACCAGGCCCCUCGCCACAGCCCCAGGCCAGCCCCUCCGCUCUCCAUGGAGGCACCAGGUGACCCAGGCCCUUGGGGGGGUGAGCCUCAGGCACAGCCUCCCAGACUGGCUAGGAGAGCUCAGGAGCACCCGGUCUGAGAUGGGGUCCCAGGUCUCCGUGGACGUGGGAGCUGUGAACGUGGUGGUCGUGGGUGGGGGCUUCGGUGGGAUCGCCGCCGCCAGCCAGCUUCAGGCUCUGAACAUCCCCUUCGUGCUGGUGGACAUGAAGGACUCCUUCCACCACAACGUGGCAGCCCUCCGGGCCUCCGUGGAAAGCGGGUUUGCCAAAAAGACAUUCAUUUCCUACUCGGAGACCUUUAAGGAAAACUUCCGGCAGGGGCUGGUAGUACAGGUGGACCUGCAGAAUCAGACGGUGCUGCUCGAGGAUGGUGAGGCCCUGCACUUCUCACAUCUUAUCCUGGCCACUGGCAGCACCUCGCUCUUUCCGGGCAAGUUUAACCGGGUGGCCAGCCGGGAGGUUGCUAUCCAGGCCUACGAGGACAUGGUGAAGCAGGUCCGGCGCGCACGGUCCGUGGUGGUGGUGGGAGGCGGCUCUGCCGGAGUGGAGAUGGCGGCAGAGAUUAAAACCGAAUUCCCCGAGAAAGAGGUCACUCUCAUCCACUCCCACGUGGCCCUUGCCGACAAGGAGCUCCUGCCCUGUGUCCGGCAGGAAGCGAAGGAGAUCCUGCUCCAGAAAGGCGUGCAGCUGCUGCUGAGUGAACGGGUGAGCAACCUGGAGGAGCUGCCCCUCAACGAGUAUCGAGAGUGCAUCCAGGUGCACACGGACAAAGGCACAGAGGUGGCCACUAACCUGGUGAUUGUCUGCAAUGGUAUUAGGAUCAACAGCGCCGCCUACCGCAGUGCGUUCGCACCCUUCCUGGACAAGGAGCUCCUGUUUGGGUCCUACAGGAAAGAAUUGGCCAAUCACAGAAGAAGGAAGCUAGUCCUGGCCAUGAGUAGGGAAAGUCAUCUGGCCAGCGAUGGCGCUCUGCGAGUGAACGAGUAUCUCCAGGUGGAGGGCUGCAGCCACAUCUAUGCCAUCGGCGACUGCGCAGAUGUGAGGGAGCCCAAGAUGGCCUACCACGCCGGCCUCCACGCCAGCGUUGCCGUGGCCAACAUCGUCAACGCCAGGAAACAGAGGCCCCUCAAGGCCUACAAGCCAGGCGCGCUGACGUUCCUCCUGGCCAUGGGGAGAAAUGACGGCGUGGGCCAGAUCAGCGGCUUCUAUGUGGGGCGGCUCAUGGUUCGGCUGGCCAAGAGCCGGGACCUGUUCGUCUCCUCGAGCUGGAAGACCAUGCGGCAGUCUCCGCCCUGAGCGGGAGCUGGGCCGCCGCCAGGUGAACGGAUUGCUUGACCAGAGGUACCCACCUGACAAAGGCCAAAGAGCAAAGGCUCGUUUCCUAGAGUAAGGUGCCAGUGAUGGACUGACCAGAAACCCACCUUACAGAAAACCAAAACCGGGAGAGAAAGAGAGAGCCGGAGAGGGAGAGAGAGAGGCAUUAGAAAAGACACCCCCUAGAGGAUGCUUUCUGGGGUUGGAGAGGUCGGCUUGCAGUUGUGCUGGCUCAGGGGUUCGCCUGGUCCUGGGGAGGGCAUAGCCAGCCUUCUCUACCCCGGGCUCUUCGUGUGUGUGUGUGUGUGUGUGUGUGUGUGUGUGUGUGUGUGUGAAUGCACGUGUUGGCAUUCAGGACUCUCAGAGCAAGAGAGAGCAGGCUCUCCUGGUGGCUGAAAUCCUGUCUUAUUAGGGCGGGCAGGGGAACCUGCAUGGUGGGACCGUCUAAGGAGUGGGAUUUGGGGUCGAGAUGGUCUGCACCCCGAGCCUCUCCCAUCGGAUCAUGGGUGGGGAAGCCUGUGCAUUCUUCGACACCCAGGUUGUUAACAGGAGCCUAAGUUUAAACUGUUAGUCCCUGUAAUCUUUAAUCUUCACACAACUUGAUAUAUUUCCAUUUCUAGGUCCCGAUGAUAUACCAUAGGUCACAUUUAAGAAGAAAGAGUUAGAUAAAUUUCCCUCCCGGUUAGCCUAUCCUAACAGAGAGUGAGUUUUUCCAAAGCUAACAGGUUAAGACGGAAGCCUGGCCCGCCAGCCGCUGGACAUGUUAAGGAAAGGCAGCCGAGCUAAUGGGACCCUUGGGUGGGUUGCCAUUGGGCUGACGUUCAGGGAACAGAGCGGGGCUCAACAUGCUUCUAGGCUGCCGUCACGGUCAGUUGUGCAAGGGACAAAACUCCGGCUGAUGCUGGGGGUGGGGGACCCUGUGGGAACCUCUGGGGUUUUGGGCUUCUGGUUUCCUGGCCAACCCCGGUGACAUUUACGUGGAGGCCCAGCCGUGUGGCAGUGCCCGCCACCGACCGUGUUAAGGCACAUAAAGGACUCCUCUGUCUGGGAGAAGACUUCCAGUUGGGGGGAGGGAGUUUAUUUUGGAAGACGUGGGUUAAAUCUCCAUAAUGGAAGUGGUUGGUGAUCUCACUGGAAUAAAUUCGGGCCCGGCUCACUUUCGAUGGUGGCCUCUGGGUACUUGGCCAGAGUCCUUGGGACACCAGCCUCACCAGGGUUCUGAGGGCUCCCUGUCUGGGCUGUGGCCUGGGUCGGUUCCAUUUGUUACCCAGGCCUACCUAAGUGACACGCGUGCCUCUCUCCCAAAGGAUGACUACCCCACCGGAGGCUUCACCCAGGGCUCCGUUCCUGUGGGCCACGGCCAACCAGGCUCCCCUUCUGGAAGCAGGACCUGCUGCCUGAGAGACACAGGCUAUUCUGUGCUGUCUGACCUGGGGACUAGCAGGGUGGGAGUCUUGGCUCAUUAGUGACAGGCCUUGUUCUAUUUAUAACAUUUUACAAGUGUCCCCCCAUGGGGACAUGGUUUUUCCAAACUGAGGACAAUAUUGCAAUAAAAGAAUAUGUUGGAAGAAAGACA